AUGAGCCAGUCACAAGGAACUGCUGACGGUGGGCAGACAACAUUGACGGGAGUAGUAGAGCAUAAACCAACAAAUUUGCUCGUUGGAAGCAAAGACCCAAAAAAUGUCUCAAUCUCGACAUCCGCCACAUCCGCCACAUCGACAACCAUAACCCCACCCAACUCCUCGACCUCUCCUACAAUCGUUCAUAAAACCUCUUCGUCUCGCGCGCGCAAUUUCUUCAUUAACAUAUUCAGGUGUGGUUGUUGGCACGACAAUCACAUUGAAACCGAUCAACCAAGCAUUAUACCGGGAAGUGGUCAACGGAAAGUGAGCAAGGACGAUGUUGGUAACAAGGAGGACCCCAGAGGAAAGAAUAAAAACAAUGGAGAUGAUAAUGUGAAAGUGGAAGAACCAAACGAAUUAACAGAGGAGGAUCAGACAAUAAACGAAAAAGUACCAGUUGACGUAGUGCAGCCUCUUGAGGAUGAGUUAUACGAGCCGGAAACUGAUGAUGAUUUAGAGGGGAGAAGAUGGCUUCUUGACCCUAUCGGACCGGAGCAUGUUGGACGAAAAUGUCUAGUGCUUGACUUGGACGAGACAUUAGUACAUAGUUCCUUCAAGUUAAUUCACUCAGCCGAUUUCGUAGUACCGGUAGAGAUUGAAAGUCAAAUACAUAAUGUCUAUGUAAUAAAACGACCGGGCGUGGAUUACUUCCUGAAGAAGAUGGGCGAAUUAUAUGAGAUAGUGGUAUUUACGGCCAGUUUAUCAAAAUAUGCGGACCCCGUACUCGAUAUGCUUGAUACACAUAGAGUUGUUAAACAUCGUCUAUUUAGAGAAUCAUGUUAUAAUCAUAAAGGCAAUUAUGACUUAUCUCAAAUUGGCCGCGAGCUAAGGGAUACAAUCAUUAUCGACAAUUCUCCAGCAAGUUACAUCUUCCAUCCGACAAACGCUGUUCCCAUAUCAUCGUGGUUUAACGACCCCCAUGAUACAGAAUUAUUAGACCUUAUACCGUUCUUGGAAGAUUUAACGUCAGUUGAAGACGUAAUGAUGGUACUAGAUUGUUCGAAUGAGGAACCGCAGAGAGAAGAGAUUGAGGAAUAG